UAUGCUAUAACUUCACGCCUUCUGCAAAAAGAGAAGACCAUUGUCAUCAUCUCAAUCGAUGCUCAGGACUGCAAGCAAUCGCCUUUCCUUAAUCAACAGACAGAUUCCCAGCAAAACCUACUCCAGAACAAUCAUGGCGUCCUCUGAUAAGAAGUCAAUUCUGAAUUGGGUUGAUCCCAAAGACAAGUCUGGCGAGUUCAAGAGACAAACUUCUUCCUUCCGCAACUGGGUAUCGAAAGACCCCAAUGCCGAGUUCCCAGCCGAGAAGGGCCGCUACCACCUCUAUGUCUCCUACGCAUGCCCAUGGGCGCACCGAGCCUUGAUCGUGCGCAAGCUCAAGGGUCUAGAAGACAUCAUCCCUUACACAUCAGUCCACUGGCAUCUCGGCGAGAAAGGCUGGAGAUUCGCCACCCCAGACGAGAAAGAACCAGGAGAAUUCACCGAACCCGAUCCGAUUCACAAAGAAUACACCCACCUCCGUGAUAUCUACUUCGAAAACGAACCCGACUACUCCGGCCGCUUCACAGUACCAACCCUUUACGACGUCAAACAGCGCAAGAUCGUCAGCAACGAAUCCAGUGAAAUCAUCCGCAUGUUCUACCACGAAUUCGACCACCUCCUCCCAGAAGACAAAGCAAAAAUCGACCUCUUACCUUCCGAUCUCAAAGAUACAAUUGAAGCCACAAACGAAUGGACCUACAACGACGUCAACAACGGCGUCUACAAAUCCGGUUUCGCCACAACCCAAGAAGCCUACGAAUCCGCCGUCAAAACCCUCUUCGCCUCUCUCGAUAAAAUCGAAGAACAACUUUCUCAACCCCGUGAUGGACCGUACUACCACGGUUCUCGCAUCACGGAAGCUGAUGUCAGACUCUUCACGACAGCGAUCAGAUUCGAUCCAGUUUAUGUUCAGCACUUCAAAUGUAAUAUUCGGGAUAUUCGAUCGGGAUACCCGAAUUUGCACAAGUGGAUGAGGGAAUUGUAUUGGAAGGUUCCGGCGUUUGGGGAGACGACGGAGUUUACGCAUAUUAAGAAGCAUUAUACGAAGAGUCAUGCGCAGAUUAAUCCUUUUGGGAUUACGCCUGUGGGGCCUGUGCCGGAUAUUUUGGCGUUGGAGGAGGAGGUGGGUGCUGUGAAGGGGGCGACGAAGAAUUGAUUGGGACAAGUAAGUUUGUGAAAGGAUGAGCAUAAGGUCAUGACGUGAAGAAAAUUGGUAGAAAACGCUAGUUUACUUCGACAAAGCAUGUAUUUCGAGCUCGCUGACCAUGAGACCGACUCAACAAGUCGCCCGUUUACUGCAUGGCAGGCAAUUCUCCGACAUUCG